AUGGAAUGCGAGUACCGCCGACUGGCGGACGUCAUCCGUCAAGAAGCCAAAAACCACCCAGCACCACGCUUCCUCGUCGGUAUCGCAGGAGUCCCCGGCUCAGGGAAAACAACCACCGCCGAAGCUAUCGUGCAAGAACUCAACAAAGACGCAUCAUGUCGCGCGGCCCUCCUCUCAAUGGACGGGUUCCAUCUAUCACGCGCAACACUCGAUAAGAUGCCAAAUGCCACAGAAGCGCACAUCCGCCGCGGUGCGCCGUGGACAUUCGACGUAGACCGAUUUAUCAAAUUUAUCGGUCAACUUCGCAACUGGGCUGAGAAGACACCGCUAGCACAGAUUUCAGGUUCCUGGCCUGACUAUGAUGUCAUUCAUGCGCCGACAUUCGAUCACGAAGCUAAGGAUCCUGUAGAAGAUGGAUUGGCGAUUACACCGGAUGUCUCGAUCAUUAUCGUUGAGGGAAACUAUCUUCUUCUCGAUGAGCCUAGGUGGCGGGAUUUGGCGGCUUUGGUCGAUUACCGGAUUUUCGUCGAUACGGAUUUACAAGAGGCGCGUGAGAGGACUGCUAAACGACAUGUGCAGUCUGGUAUUGAGAAGACUCUUGCAGAUGGUUAUCGGCGGGUGGAUAGUAAUGAUUAUUUGAAUGGAGUUUCGAUUCGUGAGAAGCUUUUGGCGCCGGAUAUUGUUGUGAAGAGUGUGACGCUGCCUACAACCUAG